AUGUGGCCUACUACUUCUGCCGCGAGUCCACCUGCUCGGGUAGCUUUCGACAAGUUUCAGAAGUUCCUCGUGAAGCAUUACCAAGCGCGCUUUGGCUCUUGGCCACCUCAGACUCCUGAUGGCCGGUUUACGCGUAUGCUCUACGUUCAGUUAUCAAGAGACUUCGCCGCGCUCUACGAUUACCUUGUCGACCGGGAGGUCUGCUGGUCUGGUCCUUCACUCGCAACCUUCGAUCCCCCAGGGAACGGCCGUCAUAGCAUUCAGCCCCCGAGCAGCACAAGUGGCAGCCGGAAGAUAGUAAAGCCCGGCUCACCCCACUGGCGAGCGGACGACGACGACCUCCAAAUGACGGAUAUCCUCCUAGGCUUCGACGACAGGCACAACUAUCCCCACAUACCUCAUCCAUUCCCGCUCGUCCCGCCAACAAUGUCCCCACCGGCGAAACUGAAGCUAACCUCCAAUGCCUCCUCUGCUGCGGGUCGCUUCUUUCAAGGCGCCGCCCGUCGCGGUUCUAUCCCGCCACACCUCCCAUCAAACUCAACCCCAUUCAUAAACAGUGCAACGGAGAAGGCCGCUGCUCUAUCGCUUUCCGAAUCCACGAAUAUAGAGUCGCUCCUCUCCGCAUCGACCUCCAAUUCUCUUGUCGACGCUUUCGCGAAGCACGAGAAGAGUAUACAACCUACUGAAGUAGACCCUCACGACGCACGCAAGGGUCGGUGGUUGUUGAUAUAUGGCAUCUUGCAAACACUAGCUACAGUAUCUGUUGACGCCCCGGGAUUACGCUGGACGGAUAAGGUUGAUUACUUCCUCUGCGCGAAGCUUCGCGGUACCCCGCCCUGGAAGGGUGGCACAGGGGCAGGCGUCGACGGAGUGGACUUUGGCGGCAACACUUCAACCGACGAGCGCAGCCAUUUCAGGUCCCAUUGCUGGACCGUGCCAAGGAGUUGGCGGGGUGUGCCAGCGCCUCCCCCGCCUAGGACACCCACCAGUAGCAUUGCUUCCCCCCUCCUCCCGCCCUCACCGCCGCUACACUCACCGCCGCUACAGAUGGGUAUCGCAGAACUACCCCACCAACGCGAACGCGAGCGUGAUGGGGAGCGCGAGAGCGCCGAUGACGGAGACGACGAAAUGGGCGGGAUGAGUGAUGCGCCCAUCGGGAUUGAAAGGGUGGAUAGGGUCAAAAAAAAGGAGUCCAAGAAGUCGUUCGUGGAGAAUAAGGUGCGUUGGCAGGACGCAUGGGGGACGGGUCCCGUGUCGAGGUAGUCUCCAGAUGGAGGUGGGGGCUUUGUAGGAUACGCAUUUCGUUUUUUUUUGCUCUGGGUGGGGUGAGAGAUGGAUUUGCUUGGUUCAUUGCUUUACUUUUCUCCUUAUUUCUCGCUUUUUUUUUUUUUUUUCAUAUCUUACUCUUUCCUUUUCUACUAAUUGAAUACUCGGCGUCUUCUCUCUUAUUUUUCUACGUUAGCCAGAUCGGCACUGCCUCUUAUUUAACCUUAAGUUACUUCUUCCCUAUUCACCCACCAUUCGCCAGGCCUGGCGGGCUUCAUUCACCUUUUUCUUUCAUUUUCUUUGUUUUGUGGACUCGGGCUUGGGUUUUUUCGUAUGUCUAUCAUAUCUUUCCUUCCGCUUUAUCCUCUCUUCUCUGCUCCGCUCUUCGUUUGUCAGCGCUCGAUUUUGCCUUUUAGCCUAUCCUAGCUAUAGCUAUCCCGGACCUGGCGCAAAAUCAGAGUAUUUUUCAUAGGGCAAUUAAAACAACUACCGCAUGAUGCCA